AAAAAUGAUUAAUCAGAGAACAAGAGCCAAUCUAGAAUAUAGAGGGAGAGGAGCCUACAGAGGGUUAAGAGGAGCUCCAAGAGGAUACAGAGGUGCCUCAAGAGGAAAUACAAGAGGAGGUCAAAGAGGAUUCAGAGACAGUUGCAGAGGAGAAGAUCCAAGCUUUACAAUGAGUCAUGGCAGUCAUACUUACGAAGUUCAACAAGAUACCUUCAUUCCUUCAAAAGAUUCAGAAAUAAGAAUGUACAAAGUUUCACUUUGUAAAUGGAUAACAGAAGGGAAAGAAUGACAUAAAAGCGACAAAUGAACAUAUGCUCAUACAGAAGAGGAGCAAAGAAAGCCUCACGACCCAAUCCUGUUGAGUCGAAAAGAAGAAAUUGAAGAGCUUUAUGCAAACAAAGAAAUAAAGGAAAAUAAUAGGGAAAAAGGUAAAAAGAAGAUAUAGACAAAUCAGAGGAUACUUUAAGAACUUUCUUAUAUGAUAGACAUCGAGAUUUAGAGGGGAAGUAUAAUGCGGUAUGAGCACAAUUGCGAAAUAUUGACAAUGCUUGGGAGAGAAAGUUAGAAGAAGCUGAAGAUGAUUUUAGAAAUAAAGAGAAUGAGCUGAAGAGAGUGAGUUUCAAUAAAGAGCAAACUAUCAGAAGCUUAAAAAUUCAUAUAAAAUCUCUUGAGACUAGAAAUAGUCAAUUAGAAUCAGAUUCUGCUUAUAGACGGCUUCAAAAUUUGACUGCCAAGCAUAAAGAGCUUAUAAACAAGUUAUAUUAUUUAGAAGCAAAGCUUGAUAGAUACCAAUCUCACUGAGAAAAUUUGUGACAAACGACUAGAGAUAGUCAAAGAAGAUACGAUAUCCUAAAAUCUAGCAAUUCUAUCAAAUCUGAUAAAUUCCUAUAUGCUCCAAGUAAAAACUAUAAAGAACUUCUGUGAGAUUUUAUUGCAAAGGUUGACUCCGCUUUCGAGUGCCCUCUAUCUUGUGACAAAUUAAGAGAUCCUGUGAUUCUUCCUUCAGGUCAUACAAUAAACUCUGAUUUCUAUGAAAAACUAAUCAAAAGCAAGGCAAGAGAUCCUUACAACAAGAGCUAUAGAUUAACGCAUGCCAUUGUCAACAGAUUAGCGAUCCAAAUCCAAGAAAUCAUGGACUAUGUUAAAAUCAAGAAAACAAACUUGGAAGAGCAGAACAGAUGUAGCAAUAUUGGACUCCAAGUUGACCUUAAUGCAAACCAAGAAGAGAACCCUGAAAAUAACACAGAGGCAGACUUUGAAGAAAAUAAGAGUCUCAUGAAGAACUUUAAAGAGUUAGAAAAGAUUGAUGAAAAAGAGCUCAUACAAGAACAAUCAGACUUUGAUGAAAAGACCGGGAUAAAAAUUUCUACUAACAUACCCAGAUUUAUUUCCAAAAAGUUCCCUAUAGAGUAUUCAAGCUCCAAGAUACCAAAGUUGUAAAAACCAGUUUGAAAAUUAGCAAGAAAUAAGUGUCGCAUUGAGAUUGUGUAUCAUCAUAGAUAGUUAUAAAAACAGACAAUUAAGAAAG